GCGGAGGAGAGGGAGCGGUGUUUCCUAGUACUUUCGUCUCCGCCUCCGCCGCCUCCGCAGUCGGUCCCGUCAUCCUCCUCAGCGCGCCACCGCGCCGGAGGGUCGCAGCCCGAGGACCCCGACGGUGUUUCUCUCGACAUCGCUCUCAACUACAUCAGCAGCAUGCUGAUGGGAGACGUCGACGAAAAGGUCAACUUUUAUACGCGAGAAAUCGCGGCGAUCAUUCAUGCCGCCGAAAAGCUUUAUGAUAUCUUGGGCGAGAACUACCCGCCGCCGCCGCCGACUCCUCCUCCUCCGCCGGCCGCGGCGAAUGGAGUCCCCCGUGGGGUUUCUAAUGGCGGAGUAGUCGAUAGUCGCUGCGUAGUUGGGUCUGUGAUCCCAUUGUACCGGAGCUCGAUCGGUUAUGGGAAUUUCGUGCAGAAGAAUUCGGUAUCUAGGACUUCCGAGUUCGAUCCUGCUUGGCAAUUCAGAAGGGGGGUCGAAGAGGCGAGGAAGUUUCUGCCGAGCGACGAGAAGCUGGUUAUCGACUUGGAGGAUACGAAGGAGGAGGAGAGGAGAUUUGCUGAGGUGAAGCUCGAGAAGGAAGAAAGAGAAUAUUACAUCAGCGGAGGAUCGAGGGGGAGGAAAAACCCCAACUCCGACGACCUUGAUUUGGUUGAAGGCAGGAACAUCAAGCAAUCGGCAGUCUCUUCCACGUCCGAGGAAACAGUUCGAUCGGCGAUGUUCGAUAUGGUGUUGCUCUGCCAAAAGGGCAAGAACUGCACCAACGGAGUCUCUGCGCUUCAAGAAGCUUUGAGGAACGAGGUGAGCAAAAACUCGAAAAACAACAGCCCGAAAGGGUCAGCGAAGUCCCGGGCGAAGAAGCAAAGCAAGAAGGAGGUAGUAGACUUGAGAACCCUGUUGAUUCACUGCGCUCAGGCUGUGGCUGCUGAUGAUCGUCGGAGUGCGAAUGAGCUUUUGAAGCAAAUCAGGCAGUAUUCUUCCCCUUUUGGUGAUGGGUCUCAGAGGUUAGCUCAUUGCUUUGCUGAUGGGCUUGAAGCUAGGUUAGCCGGGACCGGGAGCCAAAUCUAUCACUCUCUUGUUGCUAAGAGAACUACAGCUACUGAUAUCUUGAAAGCCUAUCAGCUUUAUCUUGCAGCUUGCCCGUUUAAGAGGAUAUCACAUUUCUUCUCAAAUCAGAUCAUUCACAAUGUAUCGGAGAAUGCUUCUAGGGUUCAUAUCAUCGAUUUUGGUAUCUACUUCGGUUUUCAGUGGCCUUGCCUUAUUCAGAGGUUGUCUUCGAGGCCUGGAGGCCCUCCAAAGCUUAAAAUCACCGGCAUUGAUGUUCCUCAACCUGGGUUUCGCCCUACAGAGAGGAUCGAAGAGACUGGGAAGAGGUUAGCUGAUUAUGCUCGAACUUUCAAUGUUCCCUUUGAAUACAAUGCCAUUGCAUCAAAAUGGGAGACAAUUCGUGUAGAUGAUUUGAAGAUCGAUAAAGAUGAGGUGCUCAUUGUCAACUGCUUGUAUCGGUUUAGAAAUCUAGUAGAUGAGACUGUGGUUGUUGAUAGCCCUAGAAACAUGGUGCUUGAUACGAUAAGGAAAGCGAACCCUCAUGUCUUCAUCCAUGGAAUUGUGAAUGGAUCUUACAGUGCUCCGUUCUUUGUGACUCGGUUCCGAGAAGCUCUGUUUCAUUUCUCUGCAUUGUUCGAUAUGCUUGAGACUAAUGUGCCUCGAGAGGAUGCUCAGAGGUUGUUGAUCGAAAGAGAUCUCUUUGGCCGAGAAGCACUUAACGUGAUAUCUUGUGAAGGUUCAGAGAGAGUUGAGAGGCCAGAGACUUAUAAGCAAUGGCAGGUUCGAAACCUGAGGGCAGGGUUUACACAGCUUCCGUUAAACAUGGAAAUUAUGAAGAAGGCAAGGGAUAAAGUGAAGGGGAUGUAUCAUAAAGAUUUCGUUAUCGAUGAAGAUAGUCGAUGGCUGCUUCAGGGUUGGAAGGGGAGGAUAAUCUAUGCAAUAUCAGCAUGGAAGCCUAAUAGAGUUUGACAGAAUGAAAUUCUACAUGAAAUACAUUCUAGUAUAUGAUAUGUUUAAGAAAUUGAGGCUUGCCUUGGUUUCUUGGGAGUAGUUCAUUAACUGAUAACAAGGUGAGUUGGCCUCAUUUCAAGGGGGAAGAUAGACUAUGACUUUCUUUGGCUGCUGAUUUGUGUGCUGCUGACUUUCUUGGGCAGCUGAAGAUGAUAUGUGGACGAUGACUGAAGACUUGCAAAGGACUCAAGCUAGGGCAAUGUAGUCAUGUAAUGGUUAGCAGUAGCAGCAUAGUAGUAAUAUUAGUGUGUACCCCGUGCAAAGCACGACCCCUGUUUUUUUUUAAACAUUGCAUUUUGAACCUGCCUCCUCCUAAGCUAGGACAAUGUAGUCAUGUAAUGGUUAGUAGUAGUAGUAUAGUAGUAAUAUUAGUAACAUUCCAGCUAGUAAGGAUGUGAUAUUUUGCCUAGUUGGGAAAAAAAAUUCUAGUCAGGUUGUGUUCUUUGCAGGUGAUUGUUUAGCAAACUCACUGUAACUUCUAAGAAAUGGAAAAAGAAGAAAAAAAGUGGGGUAUUUGUAUUCACUGACUAGAAAUUGUCGGAUCAGACUGUAACACGUGUUGGUGGUAUUCAUCAAGCAUAUGCUUGUGCUUAUGAAUAAUAAUGUUCUACUGAUAAAAGUUCAGAUAUUCACCUC